CCGGACUCCAUUGACCUGUCUGCCAAGCAUCGGACAGAGCCGGCCCCCAGAGUCUGAAGUUGGCUUCAACAGGUAAUGCUCAGGGAACAUGACUGAACAAAGGCAACGAGCCCUGUCCACAUCAGGUGAGGCUCUGUACCAGGUCCUCGGCCUUGACAAGAACUGCACCCACGAUGACAUCAAGAAGUCAUACAGGAAACUUGCUCUGAAAUAUCACCCUGACAAGAACCCAGAGAACCCUGAAGCUGCUGAAAAAUUCAAGGAGCUUAACAAUGCACAUGCGGUUCUUUCUGACGUCACGAAGAGGAACAUUUACGACAAGUAUGGCUCUUUGGGCCUGUACGUGUCACAGCAAUUCGGAGAGGAGAACGUGAACACAUACUUCAUGCUAUCCAGUUGGUGGGCCAAGGGUCUAUUUGCCAUCUGUGGCUUACUGACAGGCUGCUAUUUCUGCUGCUGCCUGUGCUGCUGCUUCAACUGCUGCUGUGGGAAGUGUAAGCCGCGCACCCCUGGAGAGGAAGACCCCGAGUGUUAUGUGUCUCCUGAGGACCUAGAGGAGCAGAUCCGCACUGAUGUGGAGAGGGAUGGUGACACUCCUGUUGUGCAUCAGCCAACCAACGCAAGUGAGAAAACCCAGUUGAUUGGGGAUGGACACCGAACAUACACCUGAGAAAAACAACAUUAU